CAACGCGCGAUGGCAGCGCCCAUGCUACUCGCGGCGUCGCACUUAAACUAUGUACAAAACACUCGUGCGCUCAAAGAUGGCGGAUGGGUCGCCCGAGGACCGCGUUGGCCCGAAACAAAUGAACGAUUUAACUUUUUCCGCGCCCGGUCCUGGACAUGGUGACACAAAAAAGUGCAGUGGAGAAACAUUUGAAGUCGAUAAAGUGAAGUUAACGUUCUACUCCGAACAAGAAACGAGUGAAUCGUGUGAGAAAAUUGAUACGCGCGGCGUGGCCGCGAAUCGUUCCACAGCGAUCGUCGUGACGGAUUCCCGAAAAUCUUGUAAGGAGAACGCUAAGGAGGGUGAAGAUAGGAAAAAGAGAUGUUUCGACAGAUACGACAGUUCAGAAUCAUCUGACAGUGGAGUAGCGGUGCUGAGUCCAACAGAGAGUGGUGGCUGUAGCAGUAGCGAUAUCACCGAGCCUGGCUCACCACGCAGUCCAGAAUCAGGCUGCAGCACCUCGGAAGACAGUACGGGCGCGGGCGCGCGCAUGCCGCCUUGGGCGAGCGAGCCGGCGCCGCCGCGACGCCUCGCGGCCCAGGCCGUGCCAGUGCGCCGCCCGCACCCACCGUUACACCGCCGCAUCACCGAGUACUUCAGCCAUAAAAUGAAGCCGCAAAAUGGAGUCAAACGCGACUCUAACGCUACCAACAACGAUGACAACAAAAGGAAGUGCCUUCCAAAAAAUUGUGUCCCGAACGACCUGGAAAGUUAUAUCUCGUACUUAUCGCAGACGCUUAGUCCAAAAGUUUUGAUGGACGUGGGGAAACAGGCUGAAGCUGCCGCUAGAAAGCAAGCCAGUUCUUCAACUAAUGGAACUGUCGAAUGCUUUAAACCAGCAGAGCUCAACAAAAUGACUCCAAACAUCAACGUGAACGGUAUGAUCGAUUUCGGUAUACCAAAAGAAAGUAAAGAAAAAAGUCAUACUAAUUUGAACGGCUUCAUGGAAGUUCGGCAAGGAAAUGAUGCACCCAGGAAAGGAAAUGGACAUCUCAACGGGUUAGUUGAUUCUAAGAAACAAGGCCUCGAUUUUCAAAAGACUGUAGACCCAUCCGCCAAUUGCACUAUCAAUAGAUGUAACACUUCAACAGGGGCAGCUAAAAGAAAAAUUCCAAUACCCAUGUCAAAUGAAUCGAUCGGUGUAAGAAUUGCACCUGCGACGUCCGCGAGUCAUUCACCAAAAAAAUCAACAACGGUGCGAUCAGAUUCUAGAGUGAAUGGUAUUGUAAGUUCUACUACUAAAUUAGAUAGUAGAAUGAACGGGGUUACCUGUGGAUCAAAUAACUUAAGUUUAAAUUCCAUUACUUCAAAGGCUUCCAUGGCUAAAAAAGAACAAGCAAAGAAGGCACAGCCGGCGAAAAGAACUAAUCGUAAGUCGUCUGCUUGCAUCGCUAACAGUAAAAAUCUCACAUGGUCUAAGGCUAACAAUUUAAAACAGGUUCAAAUACAACAGCAAAAUUGUGCAAAUUCGGCACAGACUUCCUCGGCUAAGAAUAUUUUAAACGAAGCAAGUACAGCACCAAAGAUGAAUAUUCCAAAUGGUGUCCGGCAAGUUUCAAUGACAGUUAACGGUAGUCUUGGUAAUUUAAAUGUGCCUGUACCAAAUUUACAAAAUUGUCAUCAAAUCAAUAUGCAACAGCAAUGUAAUGGAACAGUACCUUCUAAUAACCUAGCAUCAUUCGUGGCUGUUCCUCAGAAUGUAAUGCUAACUACUUUAAGAAUACCUCCAAAUGGAAUACCGGCACCGCAGAAUAAUAUGACCUCCUUCAAUAGACAAAACGUUAAUGUCACAAGUCCGUCAAAGUUAAAUGGUCAAUUUGUGUUUCCGCUAAUGCAAAAUAUUAACGGGACUGUGGUACAGAUACCUAAUUUAAUGGCGAAAAUGCCCAACUUUGUGCUUCCACCAACGCCACAGCUGACAACGCAAAGGCAAGAUCAUUUGCAAAAUCAACAAGCUGCUCAGUUCCUUAUAAAUGGUACGCUGUUAAAGUUAACUAACACAAUGCCGACUACAUACCCUAAUGUAAACAAACCUGCCCCUGUUACGAGUCAGUCUAUUCCUGGAAUAAACAAGAAUGUUCCUGGAAUGCCGCCUGUUGGAAUAACGGUUCAAUCGAAACCAAAUUACACAGUUAAUUUCAGUCACCCUGUCCUGAUGCCACAACCUGGAUAUAUAGUUACAUCAGUGCCAAAUAUAAACGUUAAGGAGACCUGGAGUUAUACAAAUACGCCAUCAUCGUCACAGACUUCGUGUUCGAAUCCUAUUAUUCAUCAUCCGCCCCCGAUGAUGGCAAGCUUUACCUCACAAGCUUUACACACGAGUAGUAUUCCCAUAGCACCAGUCAAACCUCCUGACAAUCCAAUCCAAGGAACAGACCCACCCAGUAGCACAGUUAAGGAUACUAAUGAAGUAAAUGAAGUUACAAGUUCGAAAUGUGAUAUACCAUGGCUUUCAAAAACUGUGAAUAAUAACAUUGUUCCGUUAAAUACUAAUAAAAUAUCUUCGAGGCCUUUUGCACAAGUUAGUUUUUCGGAGAAAUUAGACGAAUUAGAUAUAGAUAAUCUGAAACAGUCGAAAAUCGACGAAGAAGAGGAACGAGAGGUUAUAAGAAAAAAUAGCAUAGGGGACGAUUUAAGAAAAGUUGAAGAAGUAGCGAGAAGAGAGGAGACUAUUUUCACACAAAUAACAGUUCUAAAGGACGUAUCGUCGCACGUCCAGAAUACUGUGAUAGAAGCGAAUUUCUGUAGUGCUACUACGGAAUCGUCCGAAUCAGGGAUAGGCACCGACAAGUCUAUCGAUUCACCUAGUGAUUCUCAAGGGAGUAAGGAAUGUGACGAAGAUUCGUCGUUAUCAUUAUGUGUGAGUGUGUGUUCUAUGGAAAUGCAGAGUUGUCAGAAGAGUCCUAUUCUGAAACAACCGAAAACGCUGCGGUUUCCCCCGAGGAAUCCACUGAAAACAGAUAGUGAUCAAAGGACGUCAAGUACAGAUACAACAUCGACGAUAACAUUGUGUUUGUGGGAAAAUUGCAAGAGCGAAUUUGAAAGUGAUUCUGAUCUUUUGGAGCACUUACAGUCGGUUCACGUGGAGUCUCAAGCGGGCAAGGAGAACUACGUAUGCCUCUGGCAGCGGUGCAAGGUGCGCGGCAAGCCCUCCUGUUCGCGACUUUGGCUGGAACGGCACGCGCUCUCUCACGGAGGAAACAAGCCAUUCAAGUGCAUCGUCGACGGCUGCGACAGACGAUUCUCCACUCAGAUCUUGUUGGAGAGACACGUGAACAACCAUUUCAACGAAGUGUCCCCGAACACCAGCGGCAGUAAGAAAACCACCGACAGUGCGGCAAAGCUCAUACGCAGAAAUGGGAAGAAAUUGCGGUACAGAAGGCAACCUUGGUCAGCGCGCAUGUUCGACUUCUUCGACGCGGGCAUGAUGGAGGGAUUAGCUUGGCGAUUGGCGCGCGUGACUCGCUGGCGACUCGGCGGCGCGUGCCCGCUGCGGGAGCCGCGUGGCCGCCACACGCUGACGUUUACCGCCGCGCUGCAAGCCACGCGCUACAACCACGCGCGCCGCUGCACUGAGGCGCUGCUGACCUACCGCCCGCCGCACGUGAUCGAAGACGAGUGGGUGCCGGUGAAAGAAGUGAAACGCAUCAAACGCGUGGAGAUCUCGGAGCUGACGGCGCGCGCCAAGGUGUUAGUUUACGAGCAGUUCUGCGGGGCUUACGCGCAACCUGCAGUCACCAAUAAAGCGCCCGCGCCUGCGCCUCGUCCGCCGGCUGCCCCCAGAUCCCGCGCCGCCCGCGCCCUCUCGGCACUGCUAGCACGGCCGGCGCUGCACUGCCGCGGGGACUGCUCCCCCGCCACUUCUUAUACCCCCGCCGCUGCCCCCUCCACCCCUGCACCCCCCGCCACCGCCACGCCCGCCGAGACCCACGUCUCUGGCGCCAAGAAGAGGAAGAUGGGCCGGCGCUACGGCGGCGACUGCUUCCACCCCUCCGGACGGUAAUCCCGCCCGCUGCGCAAACAAGACACGACAUUCACUCACAAGACUGAUGCUUAACUUUUAUAAUGACGACGAGAGGAGAGAACGAGCCGCCGAGACGGCCCUGUAUAUAUCUAGUGCGAAUGUAGGAACGUUCGUAACCGCAAAAGCGGCGAGCAGGACGGAGUAGUCUGAUAGCGAUAAGGCGACCAGCAUCACUGCCACUACAUGUAAAUACGUUAGGUGUAAGUUAGAGUAAUUAGAGUUGUCGCUUGGAUCUGUACGUGCCCGGUGGGGCGACUCGUCCGACUCGACCGACUCGGCCGGCCCGCCCCGGCCGACUCGGCCGACUCGCGUCGCGACUCACAAGUGCCUCGACGUAGCACAGAUUACUGAUUACGUAGUGUUCACUUUAUAUCAUGAUUGUAUGUAUACCCGCGUAGUCAUAUCAGACGAAACUCGCAGUUAGUGUUAGCGUGUUUAAGAGUUCCAUUUUGAUAUUCGAGUUUUUUAAAUAUGUCCCCGUCUCUGUGUUCGGAACGUUGAAAUUGAGCAAUUUUCGAUGAAGCUUUACGGACGACGGCGGCCGCGAGCCGCGAUCCGUUCCAGCGAGCGGCCGUUGUAUUUUUAGCAUCGACUUCGACGAUUGUAAUAUUUAGCAAUAAAGGUUUUGUGAUAAGAGUUUUACUUAAUAGUUGAGGGACCGGUGUUCAUUUCUAUGUAUGAGUAGUUCAGUGUGAUGUGCGAUAGUUUGCGACUUUAUUGUGGGGCUAUGGACCGCGGUGAUAUGUUCUAGUAUCGAAUGAAGGAGACGGCCGUCAGACCAUAUGCUCAGAGCUGCUUGCGACUUAUUUAAUGAAAUUAUAGAUAUAUUCUAAACUAUUAUCUAGUUAACGAAGCAGACACCUCAAAGUGCGGUCUGAACGCAUCCCAAAAGAUGAGGGUAGACGCACACGAAUCGCAUCGAACUUAUACAUGCCAAUGAUUUUGAUAUUAACGAUUAGUAUCAAUAGAGCAGAGUCGGACGACCGUAUUUAGCGUUACAAUAAACUGUUUUGGAGGCCCCUUAUAUACAGAUGUUGUCGGAUCGAUGCCUUUUUUUAGCAAUAUUUAGGAUUGUACAAUUGAAUAUGAAGUAAAUUGUGUUCUGUGCUCACACGAUCUCGCUAGUAUUUUUAGUUAGUGCCUUUAGUGUUAAGUUAGGUUGAAUCGCGUAUGUAAUCGGCGGGUCUCUUGGAUGUUGUCUAGCAUUUUCGCGCUUUUCGAUGACGUAGUAGGGGAGAUUCCGAUGGUAGAGAUUGUGCGCUCGCGAAUACGAUUUCGUGAGCGAUCGAGGCGAGAAGGCUUGCAGUAUAGAGAUUGUAUGAAGUGUCCACUCGCCGGCGCCAGAUUGACGGAUCACCGCGCCGGCGAGUGCCGGACCGGACUCGGUCCAGACCCAAAGAAAUAUUUAGGAAAAUUUCUCCAGUAGUCGAGUUUGGUGCCUGAUUGUUGUCGGUGUGUUAUGGGAUCGUAUGCUAAUCUAAAUACAGUUUAGACUUCGUUUUGGAGCGUCUCCAAUGGUACUGAUUAUUUUUUUAAAUAAAUUUAAAAACCUAGAUUAAUUAUUUUCAGCACUGACGAUAGUGCCAUAUUUUAUUGGCUCGCUUCAUUUUUUUAUAAAUUAUAUUUUUUUCUAGUGAAAUUCGACACCAAAAUCAGAAGGACGAAAUAAUUGAUAUUUUGUAAUCUGUUCAUCGGAACAGUUAUGGACUUUAUUCGAUUGAUCUCAAUUAAUAAUCGGCAGUAGUUAACCGCUUAGCCCGGAGGGGUGGGGGAGGGGUAAUCCUUUCCCCCCUCCCGUUUGGUUCAUGUCAUUUUCGAUAUUAAGUUUCGCUCAAUUCUAUUAGAUAUUUUUUCAUCUACGUUAACAGUACGCGACUCAACUAUUUGGCCUACGAAAACGAUUUGUUCAAAAAAAUUGCGUUCGCUUCAACCAAUUUUCGAAAUAAUCAAAACGACGACCGUAUCGUAUUACCGUUAGAUUAGUAUUAGGCGUUCGAAACGUUAGGCAGAGAGAUAUUUUGUGAAAGCGAACCUUGUUCUCGAGGUACUAAAUUAUAUCGGACAAACAAAAAUAAGUCGUAAGCGCAAAAAGAUUUUAUAUUUUUAUCACUGCCACAAUAGUAUGUAAUAGAUUUGUGUCGAUUAGGUUCGUUUUGGCUUGCGCGUGUGCGUUUCUCUCGGAUACAUUGCUCACCGAUUUAUUAAGGGUAUCCUUUUAUUAUAUAGAUAAUUUAUAUAAUAAUAGGAUAUUAUAUUAUUAAUUAUUAUAUUUAGAUAAACAGGUAACGCGUUAAACGAACACGCGCGAAGCGAUUCCCUUUUAUGUGUAACUGAAGUAUUUAAAUGGGGAACAACGGUAUUCGCUGCCAAUAUAUUUAUUUCCUGUAAGGCUGACUGUAUACUGGCUACUAUCGCUUCAGCAACUAGACUAGUUUGUACUUCAUCGAGACAAUAAUGUUCAAAAUCAAAUAAUGUUACUAAGUACAUAUUAGGAAAUAUCCUUUUUCUAACACCCAAAAUACAAGGAGACCUGAGUGACUGAGAGGAAAGUGCAAGAAUUCAGUUUUAAUUUAAUUUAUUUAUUCAAGUGUCGAGUUUGUCUCACUACAGGAUAUUGGCGAAAUUUCUGUGUAAAACGGAAACAGCCACAGACUAAAAAAAAGUUUCGAGUUUAAAAUGACUUCAACAAACGUUUAAAUAAUUUUAAAGAAAAUUAAAUUUCCUUAGUGAAUAAUAGUAUGCUACUUUAAGAUUAUAAUUGCUUUAGCUUGAUCUCGAUAAAUGGAGACAAUUUUGUGUAUUAACAAGCAUAUGCGAUUUAAGCUUAAGUAUCAGACUGAUAAUUUUUGCUAGUCUUACGUAGAGUUCUUAGACAAGUAGUUGUUGCUGAUUCGUAGCAAAUAAUACUAAUGUACAUUUAGGUAUACAGAACUGUGUCUUCACUUCACUCAUUCAAAAUUUUAAAUUCAUACGAAAUCAAUGAUUUAUUAAAUUAAAUUUAAAUUAUUUACCUAUUUGUUUCUUAGGUUUUCACGCACAUCACUCAUUAAAUUAAACAAGUUUCAACGGGUUAGAUGCACUAAUUUUAUUUAUUUAUUGACGUUUCGCAUCCUUUGCAGUAUGCGUCGUCAGUAAAUAAAUAAAAUCAGUGCAUCUUACCCGUUGAAAAUUGUUUUAUUUACUAUUUACCUAAUGGGUAAUUUGGUAUUGGUAACACCGUACAACCUGAUAGUAGCCAAUGUGUGGCCAGCCUCAUACUCUUAAGUUUGAAUUGUGAGAUGUGACUCGUUGGGAAUCUAGCUAAAGUUUGUGAAGGCGUGAAACACAUUACAGCUGAGAUGCAGACGGAACCGGCUCCUAAACAUCGGGCCGGCCAUUUUACUGCGCUCUAAUGAGAUUUUAAUAGCCUAUUAUUAAUUAAAUAUAUAACAUCGGCGACCGCUCAAAUAACACAGCGGAAUUAGUUUUCUGGCCAGACUCAAAAAAUGUAAAUAGUUAAGUGUAUUUAUUAUUAAGUAUUAUUCUGCAUAAUCUGUAAUUUGCUUCGCGUCUGGUCGGGAUGUGUAAAGAUGGGGGAGGGGGGGGGGGGGGGG